AUGGCUCCCUUCGACCUGGACGCCUGCAUCCAGCAGCUCCUUCGCAAGCAACUCUUACACGAGGCCCUCUUACGCGAGAUAUGCGAGAAGACCAAGGAGGUUCUCAUGCGCGAAUCCAACGUCGUGCACGUUAGUGCACCAGUCACUGUCGUCGGGGAUAUCCAUGGCCAGUUCUACGACCUCAUAGAGAUAUUCAGAAUAGGCGGAUACGCGCCCCACACCAACUAUCUCUUUCUGGGCGACUACGUGGACAGGGGCCUGUUCUCCGUCGAAACUAUAUCUCUCCUCACCUGCCUCAAACUGCGCUACCCCGAUCGCGUCCAGUUAAUCCGCGGGAACCACGAGUCUAGAGCCGUGACACAGACAUACGGGUUCUACACCGAAUGCGUGCGCAAGUACGGUUCCUCGAACGUGUGGACAUACUUCACCGACAUGUUCGACUUCCUCACGUUAUCCGUCGUCAUCGAUGACCGGAUAUUCUGCGUGCACGGUGGCCUUUCUCCGUCGAUACACUCGGUCGACCAGAUAAAGGUCGUCGAUCGCUUUCGAGAGAUACCCCACGAGGGCCCCAUGGCUGACCUGGUUUGGUCGGAUCCAGAUGCGGAGAAAGAAGAUUUUGCUAUUUCCCCUAGAGGCGCCGGGUACACAUUCGGCUCCGGCGUCGUGCACAAAUUCCUUGAAACAAACCGGAUGUCGCACAUCCUGCGCGCACACCAGCUCUGCAUGGAGGGCUACUCGUCUCUCUUCGAUAAGCACCUCUCCACGGUCUGGAGCGCACCCAAUUACUGCUACCGAUGUGGCAACUCGGCGAGCAUUCUCGAGGUCGGCCCGGGCGAGAGCAUGUACUUCAACGUUUUCGAGGCCGCACCGGAGAACGAGCGGGACGGGCCGAGUCAGCAGGUCGCGCAGAGUGCUGGGGGCAAGCUGCCCGAGUACUUCCUGUGAUGUGCAAUGCACCCUUCAUUCCUCUGGCGCUUCGCUUCCUCAGUUUUGCACAUCUAUGAUCAUUACUCCCGGCCCCCCGCCGUCGGUACGAACAUGUAACGCUCAGUGACAGUCGACGAUGGACAGGUUUAGGCACCACGAUCUCAAUACCUUUCUCAGUCGAGUACUUUUUGUCUUGCUGUCAGUGGCAGGUAUGCAAACAUUCACAUGUAGCAAUCAUUUUGUCCUUUGUGUAUUAGAUAAUGCGAUGAUAGAUACGUAUGCUCUGAAUCGGAUUUCCACACGUUUGGUUUCGUAUGAUUGAUGGACUAGAAUAAAUUACUAGAGGGUAUCAGUUGUGCAUGUGAGUGAACGUGGACACCACGACACAUGGUCAGACGCAAUUACACGGCGGCUCAACGCGCAUACAUCCACCUCGGAGCACCGCACCCCGAAAUAAAGCACACAGUAUAAUACACCCCUCCAUCCCUCACACACCACCCCUCCGGACUGACAAACCCAGGUUACCCGCCCGCUCACUCACUUCAUCCACUCGAUCCAAGCCUUCCGAAACGCCGCCUUCGCGGCCGGAUUCAGCUCGACCCGCCUCCGCCCGCCCGGCUUCCGCCCCCAUCCCUUGAUCCCAAGCCGCAGCGCCAGCCCAAGAAGCAGCGCGCAGAACGCGAGCACGCCCACGUCCGCCGCCCACCGGCGCCACCACAGCAGCACGAGCGUGCGCAGCAAAUCGCGCUUGCGCUUGCGCCCGUGGCGCGGCGCGUAAUACGUCGGCGGCCCUGAGCCUGCGCUCGGUACCGCAUCUGCGCCUCCGCCGCCGGAGUGAUAGGCGUGCGGGUGCGGGUGCGGGUGCGGCGUGUGGGGUGAAUGUGGCGGGUGCACGUGGCGGUGCGUGUACGGGAGGCGCGAGGACGAGGACGCGGGGUACGCGAAGAACGGGUUGUGCGGCGAGGUGGGCAGGAGCGCGCGAGAGGAGGAUCGGCGUGUGAGCGUGCCGGGGCUGCUGACCUCGAUAGCGGCCUCCUCCCCGUUCGCGUACUGGUUUGUGGCGCCGCCUAUGUCUGUGCUGACGGUGAUGUUCGGCACAGACACAGACCCGGGCACCGUGAGCGAUGUGGAGCGUGGUGGCGUUGCGCCGGCGGGCGAAUCGGGCUCGGGAAGGAGCAUGUUUUCAAGCUCGUGCAGCGGCGGGAGGGUCCCGCCGUAUUCUUGGGGAAGCGCAUCGGGGCCGCAGAGCGCCGUAAGCUCUUCGCGGGAAGGGAAGAACACACGGGAGAUCGCUGACGCGGGGAGCAGCCGCUUCGCCACAGACCAGACGCCCGAGUGGGUCCAGGAAUAGUUCAUCAGGAAGACUGCUGCAAGCAUUCCGGGGUAGCGGGGGAUGAUCUCACCCAUGACCCAUGAGAGGAAGUCCACGUUCUGGGCAAAUU